UCUCCCAGACGCGAACGGAUCUUUUUCUGCAUGCUAGCAAAUGUUAAACUAGCCUUCACGUGCUAAACAGCAUAUUAUUUAGAUAAACAACAAGUACUGGAAUUGCCGAUUAUAACAGCAACUAAAGAUAACUUUCAAGUGGUUGAAUGUAAAAAUUAAGUGAGAAAACGAGUCGCUGGCCAUGACGGGUGCUAAUGAGAUAUAUGACACAAUCAUGCGGGAGCUGAAUAAUCUAGUCCUCUCAGAUACAGAUGAAACUAAAGAAGAGCAGGAGAGUUUUUCACUUCAGGAUGAGGCGGACUUCGAUGAUAUUCCACCAUCUCUGCUCAGCUACUUUGAAACCUCAAGAAGCAGAGCAGCAGUUUGUGAAAAGCUCAUCCUUGAGGAAUUUGAAGACUUUGAAUCACAUCACACGGACGACAUGAUGAAUGUUCCUAUUCACCUUGGUAAUGACAUGAUGAAAAUUAAUGAGCAGGUCGCUUGUGACACACAAAAUGAGGACAAUGAAACUUCCACCUACACCUGCCUUCUUCCUGCACCCACAGAGACCAUGGCUCCUUUCAUUCACAAUGUGUCAGUGUGUCCCAGCAAUGAAGAUGAAGCUGGAACAGAUGAAUAUAUGGAGAGUGAGAAGCAUUUGGCAUUUGAAAUGAGGACCCUUGAGAUUUCACUGAAUGAAGAGGAGAGGAAGAAAAGCAGUGAAUACGAGGCAGAGCGGGAGAAAUGGCACUGUGAGGAGAUGAAGAAGAUGGAGCAAAAGAGACAAAUAGAAAGAGACUUCCAGAAAGAGCUGAAGAAGAUAAUGGAGGCCGAAAAGCUCCAUCAGAAGGAACUUGAGUUGAUGCAGAAGAAGGCACAGGAAAAACUUGAACAGGAGAUGCUUCUUCAGCAGGAACUGAUCCGGAAUUUACGGAGACGAGUGGAAGAAGAGAGGAAGAUGAGGGAAGAGGAGCAGAAGAGAAUGAAGGACAAGGAGGACAAGAGGAAAAGGGAAGAGGAGACAGAAAGGAGCAGAAUGGAGGAAGAGAGACAAAUGGAAUGCAUGACACUUAAAAAUAAGGAGGAGAGGAAAAAUGAGGAAGAGGAAAAGAGGAUAAUAGACAGGAAGGAAAAGAGGAAGAGAGAAGAGGAAAGAAACAAGAUAGAUUUGGAAAAGAAGAAGCUGGACGAUGAGAUGAGAAUAAUGAAGCAGGAAGAAGAGAGGAAAAUGAAAGAAGAGGUGGAAAGGUUAAAGAAGGAGGAGGAAAGGAAAAGAGAGGAGGAAAGAAAAAUUAUAGAAGAGUCAAGGAAGAAGCUGGAGAAAGAGAAGACAAAAGUGGAAGAAGAAAUGAUCCUGAAGAAGGAGGAGGCGAAGCAAAAGAAGGAGGAGAGAAAAAAGAGAGAAGAGGAAAAUAUGAGAAUAGAGGAAGAGGGGGGAAUUACCGAGGUGAUUUUGGAGAGGAAGAAGCAGGUGGAGAUGAGGAAAAAUAAAGAGGAGGAGGAUGCUGAUGAUAGAAAGAAGAUAUAUAAAGAGAUCAGGAAGAGGGAUAUAAAAGAACAUGGAAAUGUAGAUGAAGAACUUGAGGAGAAGAAAAAGAAGCAAGAAAGUGAGAGGAAAAAGAGCGAGGAGGAGGAGGAAGAGGAGGAGAAGGAGGAGGAGGAGGAGAACAAAGAUGGCAGGAAGAGAGAAAAGGAAAGAAAAAAGAUGGAGGAGAAAACAGAGGUGAAGGAAGUGGUAAGAAAAAGGGAAGGGAAACAUAAACAAAUGAACGAAGAACUAAGAUCUAUUGAAGAGGAUGAGAAGAGGAAAAAUGAAGACAAAAGGAAAACCAAAGAGGGAAAUCAGAGGAGGAGGCAGGAGGAAGAGAUGAUGAAACAGAAGGACGAAGAGCAUUACAGAAAAUCAGAAGAAGAAAUAAGGGUCAAGGAAGAGAGGGAGGGGUAUAAAGGGUGUGGUGUGGACAACCGAAAGAUGGAACACGAGAGCAAAACAAACGAUAAAGAGAAGAAGCAGAAGGAGAAGAGAAAAAGGCAGGAGGAGAUAAUUAAAGUAGAGGCAGGAGAAAACACAAAAGAGGGUAACAAAAAAACAGAAGAAGAAAUAACAAUCAAAGAAAAGGAGGAGAGCACAAAGAGAUUGGUGCAUGAUAGGGAAAGGGAAGAAAGAGUGAUUAGAGAAAAUGAGUGGCAAGAGAAGAGAAAGAAAAGCAUGAUUGGUGAAAAUGAGAAAAAGAAUACAGUUAAAACUGAAACCUCCCUGGCCUCACAACUAGAAGACAGCCCCCCUUGGACUUCCUCAAGCCCUGGUUCUUUACACAGUGAGUCUACAGCCUGUCCCACCAGUACUGGGACCGUACCACACCAACAUGACCUAGACAAGAUCAGUCAGGCCUCCAUAGAUAAAACUGAAACCUCCCUGACCUCACAACUAGAAGACAGUUCCACCUGGACUUCCUCAAGCCCUGGUUUUUUACGCAGCGAGUCUACGAUCUGCACCACCAGUACUGGAAUCUUACCACAACAACAUAAUCUAGACAAGAUCAGUCAGGCCUCCAUAGAUAAAACUGUUGCCUGCGAAAAUCAAGCAGCAAGGCCUUCCGCUGUGUCUGUUUUUCUACCGUGCCUCCCAGAGCACACAGAGCAGAAGAGGCUGUCAUGGAUGAACGACUGCAUCCCCUGGUCAAAACUCUGCCUUCAGAACAGGAGGAAACAAAAAGGAUCUGUGCAGAGUCGAAGAGGGCAGAGGAGGACUGCAGAGCCCAGCAGUCUGCCACCUCUCUGCCCAGACUCUCUGCUUCAGUCCACAGGCUCGAAAUCCCUGCAAGAGGUGACCACAGUGACCCUGGAGGACUUGCCUGGCUGUAACUUAUCCACUCUUGCUCAGUGUAUACAGCUUCGGUCCCUCACCCUCAGACGCUGUGGCCUCAAAUCCCUGGAAGGCAUCAACCAGUUACCACAGCUCUGCCACGUCGAUGUACAGGAAAAUGACAUCUCAUUUGUCGACUGUGAAAAUAUGACUAAUUUACGAAUUCUUCGACUCGGCCACAACAAAAUGACGUCCAUUCGUGGUUUAACUGGUGCUGAAAAUUUGGACAUUCUAGACCUCUCACACAACUCCAUCACCCGCAUUGCUGGUCUGGAGUCUAUGAGGAGACUACAGAGGUUGUCAGUGGAUCACAACCAACUGAUCAGCACCAAAGGACUGAGGGAAGUGUACACUCUCCUCCACCUGAGCUGCUCACAUAACCACCUGGCAAGCGUGGAGGGUCUGGAGAACAGUGCUCUGCUCAACACACUGGACCUGAGAGCCAACAGUCUUACUGAGCCCCCCAGUCUGAACAACCAGGUCCUCCUCAGAGAGCUGCAUCUAGAUGACAACAGCAUCUCCUCCCUGACAGCACUCAGUGCUUGCUGGCUUCCCCAUAUGCAACAUCUCUCUGUGGCCCAAAACAGAAUUACCCAGCUGCCCUCCAUGUCUGAUUCUGUGUCCCUUGCAAAUCUGGAUCUUCGAUUCAACUGCAUAUCAGAGCUCCAGAACGUGUGUGAGAGUCUGCAAGGAUGUCACUUCCUACGCGAGGUCCACCUCACAGGGAAUCCGCUUCAGCAAGAGAGUGGCUGGAGAUCCACUCUUCAGAGAGCAGUGCCUGGCCUGAGGGCCAUCGAUAAGCAGGAGACAGACUCUUUUCUAUCGCCGCCUGCUGUUCAACAAGUCAGCUUGGCCAUAGGAAGCUUCCUAACAUUCUGUCAGGCUCAGCUUCAGCAGACUCAUGAUUUACAGCAACAGCACAACAGGGAGCUCAGUAAUGCCUCAUCUUCCCUGGAUGCUGUAAAGACCUCCUGCCGACACUUCACUGAGGCUCUGCAGCUGGCUAAGGACCAGAGAUUUGCCCAUGAAUAUGGUGACACCACUGUGGCUGACAAAUACAGGGCUGCAGGUCAAGCAACACCCAAAGAAACAAUCGACAUUGACAGUCCCAAUGCUGAAGAGGUUAUCGAGUGUCCAGAAAUAGAGUCCACUGGAAAAAUUCCACCAGUUAUUCCAGACAGGAACAAUAUCAAAUGCAGCUACUGGACUUUCGAAGGGAACUCAUCUGCAGAGAGUCAGCAUGAAACAUUCGACAAUGUUAGAACAGGUCCAAAGACAGGGCCAACGGUUAGCAAAGCUAACUCUGGCAGUGUUCACUCCUUAACAACAAAGGGAAAAACUAUUUCCUCCAAUCUUGAAAUGGCACCUGUGUCCAACCAUCAAGACCUGGACCUCCAAAACACAGCAGCAGUCGUGAUUCAGCAGCUGUGGAUGAAAUACAGACAGAAAUGUGGGAACAUCAGCAGCCCUUCCACAGCUGAGAAGGGAGGAGGAAGAGGAGGAAAGCCAGGACCUUCCUAUAUUAACAGGAGCCAAGAUUAUGCAGCAACUGUCAUCCAGGCAUUUUGGAGGGGCUUCACUCUGAGGAGGAGGCUCACAUCUGCUCUGGCUGCUGUCACAUGCCUGGACACCGUAGAGGACGACACCUUUGAGGAGGUGGACGUGAAUGAGUUUGUCUUUGAUGAGGCAGCCCUGGAGAAACACUGGACAUUGCCGCUUUCUGAGAAUUCUGCUCCCAGACGUUCCCCCGGGUCAGAGCAGCCACUGUCUCUGAAGCCUCCUGGGUCCUUUCCUGAACCCUCCCAGUACAUAUCCCCACCACCACUUGUACGGGGGUCAAAACAGGCCUGGGUGGCUGGAGGACAGGUGGACUGUGCUUCUCCAGUGGGCUCCAUCAGAAGCAAAUAUCCUGCCUCAGCCUCAGUGGUAUGUGGUCUCUCUGAAAGAUCAGAAAAGAUUCUGGAAGAAUGGGGCUUCACUAACAGCCACACGGCUCUUUUAAUGCUCAAGAGAGCCCAGAAGAUGAAGUCAAAGAAGCAACAGGCGAAGAAACGGAGGGAUCCCAUUGUCCGUCUUGCCUUAUUCAAAAACUGCAGUUACCAGCUGUGUCCAGUGGAGGCACCGAACAGGCAAGCACAAUACAACAGAAAUCUUAUAAAAGUUCGCGAGGUUGAGCUGGGCCUGCAGCAGGCAGAGAAGACGGAGCGAGCUCAGCAGUGGCUGCACACCCAGGCUGCUCACUCUGACAGGGACUCAGAGAGCGUGCAUUUCUUACCGGAGAUCAGCUCAGACAUUCUGAAUGGAGGCAGAGUGCAGCUUGUGGCGGACUCAGGAUACACAGAACCUCUACAUUACGCCAGUGGAUUGUGGGCCAACAACAGUUUAGCUGCCCAGUCUUGCAAAGACAACAGUUAUCCUCGCAGAAACACUUUGAAUCAUGCAAGCAAAGAGGUUCCAUCUCCUAAGCGAGUCACGUCUGCUCCGUCAAAAAAAGAGCGCAUCUCCUUCCGAGACAACCCUGUCCAGCUGAGCGGCGGCUGGGGAGGUGGCAAGAAGAGGGACAAAGUGUACAAGUAAAAUGCAAGCUAUUCUACAACCACAUCACGUUUUUCCCUGUCCUUAACUAACACCCAGAGCAACAUAAAGCCAGAUACAUUUUUAUAUAUCCCUACAAGGAAUGCAUCAAAAAACAAAAAUUAAAUCACCCAAUUUAAACUAAUAGAUUUCAGUCUCACAAGGCAAUUUUUCCAUCCAUGAAGACUCUUUAUUUUUAUUUAUAAUGCUGUUUUAUUGCCUGAACUGAAUCCCCCUGCAGCUGUUCUUUUUAAACUCAGCUGAAAACUUGAGCUCCCUCUCCUGAAAAUUAGAAGACCAAUAAGACCUGGACCAGCCCAAAUAUCUUCAGGCAGUUCCAUUAUGUUGAUUCUGCGCAGGUGUCACUGCCUGAAUGUGAUCGUAGCUAACCAGUACCAAAACACAUGGACAAAAUCACAAACCUUUAGAAAAUGGUACCCUUCAUAUGAAAAUCAUGGCAAGAAAUAAGAACCAGGACCUCCAAUACCUGUGGAUUCAUGUUGCUUAGGAUGUUGAACUCAUAGUUUGUAGCCAUGGGAAAAGACUUGUGUUUUCCACUUCUCCUGUGCUCUCUUAAGAGACUUCAAUAAAGCCCAGAGAUUUAAGUGCAAUUUCCCAAUUAUGUGGCUAUAUUUAGCUCAUGCUCACCAACAGUGGGCUCGAAAUUACUGCUUCUAUGAGCCGAGCACAAACAUUGGUGUUAGAAUUAGAAUGAUGUUUUUUUUAUUUUCAGCCGUGGAUUAUAAUGGGCAUGUCUGUGUAUUUGAAUUUGGAGAGCUAAGGCGUCUGUCCGCAAACACUGCCCAACCGGAGGCGGUGAACCUCAGGCUUAGAGGUUCCUCGCUGGUCCGCCGCCUGGAAUUGAUAACUUAAUGAAUGUCAAAACAAAUAGUCAGAGCUGCAGAGUGGCUCCCUGGCAGGAAAUGCAUGUCUAUUUAUUUUUCUUUUAUCUUUCACUUACACAUGUCUGGAGGGUGUGUUUUGACAGUACAUGAGCUGAUGGGGAUUUUUGUCUUGAGAGUGGCGUAUGUCUGAGAUGUGGUGGUCCUGCCCUCUCAGGGGCUGUUGUGAAACCCAAGAGCACUAUCCUCCUUCAGGGGGAGACUGAUUCUUCAGGCUCUGUGGGGGACAUCAAGGGGAGGUUUCCCUGUCAUCUAACUGUCAUUACAAAGCUGUGAUACUGGAUAAUUCUGAUUUUUAUUGCACAUACAACAUAAACAAACCGGUGACAUGAAAGUACUGUAAAUGCAUAUUUUGUCACUGCUGUUUUGUUUGACACAAGUUCAGAUUUGCCCUAACUCUAUAGAGAGUUCUUCUCUACAACUGCUGCUUCUGAAAUUAUAUUGAUAAACUGUCGUCCACCAGUCUUCAUUACAUUUGUUUACUUUCGGGUUAUGGGUAAAUUAUAUGUAACCUAAGACAUCCAAAAUCCAUUACUUGUUGAAAUGAGUGCUCCACCACACAUUCAGAUAAGUUGAAGAAUGUCCCUCUUAGCCCAGACUACCCUGCCAGCCUGACCUCAAGUCAGCACGGAGUCAUGCAGAAAGAGGUUUUGUAUCCGAAUCCCUCUAAGUACUUUCUUCAAAUGCUUCAAAUUAUAUAUAAUAUACAUUUUUGCUGACCAUUUUUGAAUGCAUGCUACAGCUUGAUUUUUUUGUAAACAAUUCCAGUCAGCUAUUGGUUUCCAUUCAUUUCCAUAUGUUUGAAAAUGAAUUAGCAGACUCAAAAACUUUCUUGAGUUGUGUAAUUAAUCACAGUGAAUAUCAAGUCUGCGUUAGUUUUUGUCAAUUUUAUGUUGUCACUGCGUGGUAGGGCACUUUAUAUAAUACAAAAAAUGAUUUAUCUUUGGAAAAAAAUUAAUGCAGAGUUUCGAGAAUGUUCUGUUUGAUUUUUAUAUAAAUGAAUUGAAGCCAAUUGUUGCUGUGGAAAGAUAAUACCAUUUCUAAAAUAAUACAGCGAGGCUUACAGGAUGAUUAGCUGCGAUAAAAAACUGACAGCACUAUACUGAAGCAUAUUGUGCAGCAAUAGCGACACAGUGGAGGGCAUACAAUAGACAGUCUAGAGUACGUGUGUGCAAGCAGAAUGACAUACUAACUGAAAUGUGGUUGUACUAUAGGAGGAGGAAAGCUGAUUUGAAGGUAUAGUAUUGUGCUAUUUAUUAAUCAAAUAAAUAGUAAAUCAUAAAAAGACCAAUAGAGUGAUUAGGAUUGGAAGGAAAUCUUUAAAUGGAAAAUAUUUGUAUAAUUGUUCACAUAUACUGCGUUUUUACUGAAGUCUCAGCACUGGAAAUCCUAAAAUAACAGUAACUCCAAAUCCCACAAACACUUACUGAUAAAGACAAAUAACAAAAGAGUUAUUUUCUUUCUAUUCUUAUUUAUUUCUGCCUCAUGACAAUUAACCAGCUCUUUUAGCCAAGGUAAAGAAAUGGGAAAUGGAUAUAAACUCUGAGGAAUGUGCAAGCUUUCUUGGAAAUGUGAACCCAACUUACAGAGAAAUUGGGAAUACACUCACACAAGCAGAAACUAUUCAACACUGAACUCUGGUAAAUGUCAAAGCUAAUUUAAUCCCUGAAUGACAACUGCUGGUUUAUAAAUAUGAUUUAAAUGAAAACAGGUCACAGUUGCUCUUUUCACAAAAUUGAGGCAGGGCUGAUGCCCCAGGUAGCAAGCCUUGAGAAAAUUACCCCUAGAGGUUUAGACAAAUUGAAAGAUUAUUAACAUAACGGAGAUUAAGGUAAAACAGAAUCACUUCAAUUUGUUAGAUGUUACAAAUAUGUACAUAGAGGACAUUUAAAAGUAAGUACAUGCAUCUACAUGUGCAUGCAUGUGUCUUUCAAUUGUGUUUUCAUAAUAAAGUCUGAUAUAUGAAAUAAAUACAUGAUAUUCUUUGUAUUGCUGUGAGAGCUGAGAUUGAAAAUAAUUGAUCAGUAGCAUGAUUUAUUUUAGCCUGUUUGAUUUUUGUCUUAUUAGUGUGUAAAUGAUAAACAGCAAGUUCUUUUUGCUACUGGAUUCAGUAAUUAUUAUAAAACCAACUGUUGACCCUCUUCCUUCUCUUUAUAUGUUUUGUCUAAUUUUGUCUUUUAAAUGAAAUGAAUAUUAAAAUGAAAAAUAUCAAAGCUAAAACCAAGCACUCAUUGAGGCUUCUAGAUGUUUUCUAUGUUUUGGUAAGACCUAAAUCUGUUGUUUAUUUUAACAUUGAAAACAUGAAGAAAACAUGUUAAACAUAAUGCUAACGGGCAUUUAAAAUGUGAUAAUUUGCGGGGUCACCAUUCUUUGAUGCUGUAUGCUGCAUUGAUAAUAUAUAUGUAAAGCAAUUUUUAAUGAGAAAAUAUUGUUAAAAUAUGAGAAAGAAGUGAUCUGAGAAAUGAGAAAAUAAUCGUAUUGUUAUUAAUAUUUGCUUUAGCUUUGUAUCACAGCAUCUAGAUUUAGUCUGACAAACCUUGCUGAUGGGUUAGUUCUGGUUUCGACAUGAACCCAGAUGACUUAGUCAAGCAACUGAGAGCUGAGGUUGCUCAGAGCUCAGGAAUGCCUGACUCCUGGAAAAACAUAUGACAAACAAACAAAAUAUAAACAAACUUUUAAGGCACAAAUGCGCUGCUUUCACUUUUUGAUAUUGAGCUUUUUGAACCAAAUGUUCUGCAGGCUCAAAUGACAUUCAUAAGCUCCACAAAAUUUGUGCUUUUGGGGAAAAUUAACUGAUGGUUGUUUUUGUGUUUCGUGGCAGUUUGAAGUUGUUUCAAUAUAUUGAA